AUGCCACUUUCCGAAUGGGUCGCGAGCCAUGAAGGCUCAACACCCACGGCUGAGGCUAUUACUACCAAAGCACGCGAAAUCUGGAGUCAAAUUCCCGAAUACCAGGCCCUGCCAAUUCCCCACUUUAGUAAUGGGUGGCUGAGCAGAUUCAAGAAACGAUAUGCCACUCAAGCCCAUGCUCGUCAGGAAGGCAUCCCUCAACCCCCAACCCCUACUGGUCGCAAGGAAAUGAAAGCCCUGAAAACGCUAUGUGGUGAAUUCCCCGAAGACGAUAUUUACAACAUGGAUGAGACCGGACUUUUCUGGCGAAAGCCUCCUUUCGGCGCUUCCUCCGCCCAGGAUCAAUUGAUAACAAAUCGGGAAAACUCCCGCAUCUGUCUCAUGCUCUGCACAAACAGCACUGGGUCAGAUCGUUUACCCCUUUGGGUGAUCGGACAUACCAAUAGGCCAGAGGCACUUCGCGAAGCCAAUCUAAAAGCCAUGGAUUGCCAUUGGCGAUAUCAUCGGCAGGCCUGGCUAACACAAUCAAUCAUGCAAGAAUGGCUGGCCUUCUUCUACGGCCAUGUAGGGGAGCGCCGAGUUUUGCUUUUACUGGAUAAUCAUCCAGACCACCAAGCUGCCGUCGAGGCUACACCGCCGCCUCCGAAUGUCCAUAUCCAACUAUUUCCUGCUCAAUCUCCCAACGCGAAUCAGCAACAGCCAGUCAACUUGGGAAUUUCACAGACUCUCAAACACUACUAUCGCAGACAAUGGCUUGCGUACCUUGCGGCGGGUAUGGAAUCGCCCCAAAACCCUGUCCACACGAUGACUCUUUAUCAAACUAUAUCCUGGAUCACUCGGAUCUGGCGUCACGACGUUGCAAACGCGAUUAUCUACAGAGCCUUCCGGAAAAGCAGUCUUAUAGACCCCCAAAUUGAAUUCAUCACUGCUCCAAAAUCGCCAGAUCUGACAACCCUCUACGAGACCGUGACGCGAUACAACCCUGGCGCUCGACCGGUCACCAGCCUUGAAAACUUCACUCAUCCUGUCGACGAGGAUUUCGAAGGUGUAUUAAAUGUUGCCGGGUUUAUGGUCGAAGGUGAACCGACUCUACAGGAACUAGAUGAUGCCAUUGUGUCCACUCCGCCGGUGCAAUCAAUACCUACUGCCUUGGAGGCAGUCAUUUCCAUACAGACAGCCCACCGAUACUUGGUAUUUCAGCCCUGGGCUACUAGGGAGGACGUUCGGCUUCUCGAGAGACUCGAGAGCACGAUUAAUCGACUCGCCAUUGAGGAGCGACGACGGGCAAAUGGUGGUUUUGAUUGA